GGUAUAAGGCAUUUUGAUUGAAAGAAAAAAAAUAAGAGCAGACACAGUGAGAUCACGACAACCCGACGAUUACAUCGUUUAAUGGCGGCCAUAGCUCGCCUUCCACUAACACAUUCUCUUCCAACGAUCCUAAACCAUACGCGCUUACUACCUCAACGUCGUCUCUCCUUUCCUACUUAUCUCAAUCGCUCUCCCUUUCGCUCCUUCUCGGCCGUCUCCUCGGGGAGUGAUUCUAAUGCUUCUAUUGUCGGAGAUCUUCUUGAUUAUCUUAACGAAUCAUGGACUCAGUUUCACGCCACUGCUGAGGCAAAGAGACAGCUUUUGGCUGCUGGGUUCCAUCUCCUUAGCGAGAACGAAGACUGGAAUCUGAAACCUGGUGGCCGUUACUUCUUUACUCGAAACAUGUCCUGUCUUGUUGCUUUUGCUGUCGGAGAUAAGUAUGUUCCUGGUAAUGGUUUUCAUGCAAUAGCUGCUCACACCGACAGUCCAUGUCUCAAACUCAAACCAAAGUCAGCCUCUUCCAAGUCCGGCUAUCUCAUGGUGAAUGUUCAGACUUAUGGUGGUGGUUUGUGGCACACCUGGUUUGAUCGUGACUUGAGCGUUGCGGGGAGAGCGAUUGUGAGAGCUAGCGAUGGUAACUUUGUUCACAGGCUUGUCAAAGUCAAAAGACCAUUGCUUCGAGUCCCCACGUUGGCCAUUCAUCUUGAUCGGACAGUGAACAGUGAGGGGUUCAAACCGAAUUUGGAAACUCAGCUUGUUCCGUUACUGGCAACGAAACAAGAUGAAACCUCGGCAGAAUCAAAGGACAAAAACGUAUCUCCCUUCUCCAAAGAUGCUCAUCAUCCAUUACUCAUGCAGAUUUUGUCAGAUGACUUGGAGUGUAAGCCCGAGGACAUAGUGAGUCUUGAGUUAAAUAUAUGUGACACCCAACCUAGCUGCCUUGGAGGAGCAAACAAUGAGUUCAUAUUCUCUGGAAGACUUGAUAAUCUUGCUUCAAGUUUCUGCGCCUUGAGAGCUCUCAUUGAUUCAUGUGCAUCAUCCGAAAGCCUUUCCACUGAACAUGGUAUCCGGAUGAUUGCUUUAUUUGACAACGAGGAGGUAGGUUCAGAUUCAUGUCAAGGUGCAGGGGCACCCACCAUGUUUCAAGCCAUGAGACGGAUUGUGAGUUCCCUAGGAAAUGCUCAGGUCACGGAGUGUACCUUUGACCGUGCUAUCAGAAAAUCUUUUCUUGUGUCUGCAGAUAUGGCUCAUGGAGUGCACCCCAACUUUGCAGACAAGCAUGAAGAGAACCACCGUCCUCAACUACACAAGGGUCUGGUUAUCAAGCAUAACGCAAACCAACGCUAUGCAACUAGUGGGAUCACUUCUUUUCUUUUCAAAGAAGUUGCAAAGCUCCAUGGUCUUCCUAUUCAGGACUUUGUGGUGAGAAACGAUAUGGGAUGUGGAUCAACAAUAGGACCUAUAUUGGCUUCAGGAGUCGGGAUUCGAACCGUUGAUUGUGGCAUAGCUCAGCUUUCUAUGCAUAGUGUGAGAGAGAUUUGUGGAACAGACGAUAUAGACAUAGCGUACAGACAUUUCAAGGCGUUUUACAGAUCUUUCUCAAGCGUAGAUAGGAAGCUCACGGUGGAUGAUUAGCUGCUGCUGCAGGAGUUGUUUUCGGUCUAAUGGUGUUUACUGGCGGUUUAGUGGUUUUCUUGUUAAACCAAAUUGGAAUAUAUGUUCUUUUGUUUUUGGUGAAGGUUCUGAUUUGUAAUACGUGAUUAUGUUGUAUUUUUUGCAUUAAACAAAAUUCAUGCAUUUGUUUU